AUGUCCUGCGACGACUACGCGGGUGAUUCCGCCUACGGUAUGGUGGAGAACGAAGAAGACAACUACGAUGAGUUCAUGAUCUCCGGCGAUGAAAGCGAGAUGGAGGUGGAAAUGGAAGAAGAGAGCGCAGGCAGUGGACAAGAAGAUUUCGAAUCACAUUCUCCCCAGCCCGAUCCUUUGGAAGAGCUGUACGCUGCCAACUUGGCUCAAGCAACCACUUAUGUGCAGGAGCAGCAACUGCCACGCGCCCUUGAAGUGCUGAAUCGUACUCGUUUGCAGUUCGAGUCGCGCGCAGUUCCCAUCCCGUUGUCGAUUUUCCUCCUGCGAUGUCACUACAAGCUCUGGGAACGAGACCCUCACGAGAAAGGGCUCUUUCAACAAUUUGCAAGCGCCGUAAGUGACCUCAGCUCGUCAAUGCCGGCUCCGUGUGGGACCGAUACCGUGCUGGUAGUGCGCCAAUGCCUCAAUGACCUGGUUCCCAGUGUCGGUUGUGUAGCAGUCAUCGAUCCCAGCUCUAUCGCCAACAAAGAUACGAUCACUUCACGCAAGGUUUGCUUGCAGCAAAUGGCCUCCAUCGGCCAGCAGUGCGACGCCCAUUUGUGGAAAACUCGUCUGCUACAGUACCAAUUGUUAGAAUUGCAACUAACACCUGGCGAUGCAACUGACACGACACAGCAGGGCCUCCUACACGAACUGGAACAAUUAACCUCCCCGCAACUGGACCAUCUAGAUAAUGUCGAAUUCUUACUUUUCUGGUAUUUGCAUCGAUCGCUACAGGACGGAAGCACCUCGGCUCCACACGUUGCGCACGAAAAGCUCCCGGAUUUGCUCACAACCGUUUCAGGGCUUUUGCAAACUUCUUUCUCCCGGCCCUUGCCGCUAUUGGCCACGCUUCAUUUCGGUAACGCCUACAUUCUUCUCGAGCAGAUACAAAGCUCGCACUCGGCGUACCGUCAGUUGUCUUAUUUCAAUGCCGAAAUCUGGGAGUCGUACAAAUGCCUCGAGGAGAUUGGAAACAAGACCAAAUUCCACGAUCUGACGCUUUGCGCAUUCAUAUUGUCCAACAUGCUGCUGAUGGGCCAAAGGACGGACAUGGAAGCCAUUAUCUCGCCAUUUGAGCUGGAACAGCUCAAGGUCUUGGAGUCCCAAUUUUCAAGAGACUUGGAAAAUCUGUACCAAGCGUUUGUGAGCUAUGAUCUUGCCAGCUUCGCACGGGGGCUCCAGUCGAUAGGCAGCUUCAACCACGUCUUGCAACCGUUGGUCGACUCCCUCACUCAUUUGUUGCAAGUGCGCAAGCUAUGGCAUCGCGUGGCCGCUUGCUAUUCCACCAUCUCGAUUGCGGACAUACAAAGUAUGCUAGCUGUAGAUCCUCUGCCUCGUUUGUCUCGAAACUCGAUACUUACGAUCCUUAUGCAGAGCAUCAUGAAUGACACGGCACAAGUCUACUUUAAGUUGGACCUCACCCGAGAUCUCGUGUUCUUCGGAGAGGAAAACCGCAAACCACUCAGCGCCUACACGAAGGACUCCUACUUGGACGCGCGAAACAGCAUCCACAGAGAUGCAGGUGUCUCGUUAAAGCAGUGGGUUGACAACGUUGGCGUUUUCAACAUGGGGCCCCGUCGCUUGAAAAAUUUGACACCCUUGGCUUUUGUGCAAGAGCUUCACAACGCUCGCGAACAAGCUGCUGCGGUAGAUCCAACACUUCAAAGCAGGACCUUGAAGUACACGCAGCUCGCAGAGUACGUGCGUGAUGCCCUACAAUAA